AGAACAAAGCUGCCAAUUCUCUCGGCAUUCGAUUCAUUUUCGAGGCGGAAGCGGUUGCAGUUCCGGUGGUGCUGGCGGCGGCGACGGCGGUGCUGGCGGUGGGAGUCGUUUUGUGAUUGUUCUGCAACUACGACGAUCACAAUUCGAAGACAAGAAGGAGAACAGCAUCAUCAUCAUCAUCAUCAUCCACAAUAGUUUCGAUAAUGGCGUAUAGGAGGAGACAAGCAAUCACGAGGGCUUCCACUUUCAAAGAAGAGAUCCAUCAUCCUGCCGACGAUGUUGAUCAUAAUUCCAUCUCUUCUUCCUCUUCUUCCUCUUCUUCUCUUGCCGUUCAGGCGAUCCGAGCUUCUGCUGCUCAUCGAGAUUCUUCGAAUUCCUCUGCCUUUUCCGGUUCCUCCUCCGUUUUCUCCCCUGGCCAUAUGCGAUCCAAGAGUUUUGCUGGCGAGAAUUUGACAUUCAAAAGUGAGUCGAAAUCCGGGUUUUGGGGCGUACUUGCUCGGAAAGCUAAGGCAAUUCUCGAAGAAGAUGACAUAGCCAUAGAAGAGGAAACUAGUGGUUUCCAGCCCAUUAAUACCUCAACCCUUAGCCAGGAGCCAUGUCAGUCUACUGAUCACGACUCGAAGAAAUCGGACAAUCCAGCAAAACCGAAGCGUUUGGAUGCAAUCACAACUUCGUUUAAUCAACUUGGGGACACAAAUAAAAAGGCAUCUGAGGAAGGUCACCCAAUUGUGGGAGCUAAGACUACAGACAUCAUUCAUGAAAAUCGCAAACUGCAGAUUAGGAGAAAGGGCAACAAAUCUGAAGGAUUAUUUCCUACUGUGAAUAAUCCAUGGCAGCAACCAAAUCUACUGUCUCCAGAACCACGGAUGCAAGCACAUCAUGAAACUCAACUGAAGGCAUCUCGAGACGUGGCGAUGGCUACAGCUGCCAAAGCCAAACUAUUACUCCGGGAGCUGAAAACCAUUAAAGCAGAACUGGCUUUUGCUAAAGAAAGAUGUGCACAAUUAGAGGAAGAAAACAAAAUUCUCAGGGAAAAUCGAGAGAAGGGAGACAAUCGUGCAGAUGAUGACUUGAUUCGGCUUCAACUUGAGACUCUUUUGGCUGAGAAGGCUCGUUUGGCGCACGAGAAUUCGAUAUAUGCACGCGAGAACCGAUUCCUAAGGGAAAUUGUGGAGUACCACCAACUGACAAUGCAGGAUGUGGUUUACCUAGACGAAGGAAUGGAAGAAGUGACAGAAUAUUAUCCAAGAUCCACCUCUCCAGAGAUCACCAGAAUGCUUUUUAAUUAUGGUUCCCCACAUUCCUCAACUUCUCCAACCUCACCUUCAGCAGCAGCCAUGGAAGAUCUUCCUGUUCCUCGUGUUCAUCCAAAAGAAGGGAAGGACGAUGAUGAUGACGACGACGACGACGAUGAUGAUAAAGAAGACAGUGAGGGAGACCCAUCUCCCACUACAGUUUCUGAGGAAGAAGAAGGUACAGAAAACUCCCCAUUGCCUUCAACAAGUACUUCUUCCUAAGGAUUUUGCUUACCGUUCUUUCAACUAAUAAUCUGUG